AUGUCCUUUGGACUGACUAAUGCUCCUGCUGUAUUCAUGGAUUAUAUGAAACGCAUUUUUCGUCCGUAUCUAGAUCAGUUUGUGGUAGUCUUUAUAGAUGAUAUCCUCAUCUAUUCUAAGACAGAAGAAGAACAUGGAGAGUAUUUGAGGAUUGUGUUGCAAAUAUUAAGAGCACGGAAGCUAUAUGCGAAAUUGUCGAAAUGUGAGUUUUGGGCGACAGAAGUGGCAUUCUUGGGACAUGUGAUCACACGAGAUGGUAUAACUGUAGAUCUUUUAAAGAUCGUGGCCGUAGUACAAUGGAAGCAACCCAAGACAGUUACAGAAGUUCGUAGUUUAUUGGGGUUAGCAGGAUACUAUCGGCGGUUUAUCAAGGGUUUUUCACAGAUAGCUUUACCUUUGACUCGCCUUACUAGGAAGGAAGUUUCAUUUGAGUGGACAGAGAAGUGUGAAGAAAGCUUUGAAACUUUAAAGGAAAAGUUGACGACGGCGCCAAUUUUGGUGUUACCAGACCCACAGGAACUUUUUGAGGUGUAUUGUGAUGCUUCUUUUAAGGGACUUGGAUGUGUAUUGAUGUAG